UCCGUGUUGCCUAGACCACGGCCUUGCCCAACACAAGUUAUAAAUUCGAACCCGAGACCCCAGGAUUACAAGGCCAGCGUUCCAACCGCUAGAUUUAAAAUACACCAUUAGGAAAAUCCAAGAACACCAGGAAGGCUUGGCAUUGCACGGGACACAUCAGUGUCUAGUAGAUGGUGUCGUUGCUGUUCGGUAGAUGCCGAUGAUUCAAAGGAACACACUACCCUGAAGUUGGAGGUGGUAUGUCCCUCCAAAACACUGUUGUCUAAAUACGCCGACGAUUCAAAGGAAGACACUACCCUGAAGAUGGAGGUGGUAUGUCCCUCCAAAACACUGUUGUCUAACUACGCCGAUAAUUCAAAGGAACACACUACCCUGAAGUUGGAGGUGGUAUGUCCCUCCAAAACACUGUUGUCUAACUACGCCGAUGAUUCAAAGGAACACAAUACCCUGAAGAUGGAGGUGGUAUGUCCCUCCAAAACACUGUUGUCUAACUACGCCGAUAAUUCAAAGGAACACAAUACCCUGAAGUUGGAGGUGGUAUGUCCCUCCAAAACACUGUUGUCUAACUACGCUGAUAAUUCAAAGGAACACACUACCCUGAAGUUGGAGGUGGUAUGUCCCUCCAAAACACUGUUGUCUAACUACGCCGAUGAUUCAAAGGAACACACUACCCUGAAGUUGGAGGUGGUAUGUCCCUCCAAAACACUGUUGUCUAACUACGCCGACGAUUCAAAGGAACACACUACCCUGAAGUUGGAGGUGGUAUGUCCCUCCAAAACAUUGUUGUCUAACUACGCCGAUGAUUCAAAGGAACACACUACCCUGAAGUUGGAGGUGGUAUGUCCCUCCAAAACACUGUUGUCUAACUACAAGUCCAUAUGGCAUUACUACCCAGAAGACAAACAUUAACAUCUCCACUGGUGUGAAAACAUCGCACGUCAUACAUUUGAUGCUAGUAAGGAGGCUGGUCUAAAAGUAAAACUGGAGAAAAUUAAGUUAUGUAUUUGUGUCUUGUUAUCACAGUGCAGGACAAAACCAUUGAGCAGUCCCCUUCAUAAACUAACUGUACGCUCAAGUAAUCAACAAAUUC